AGUUUUCUGUAUGUUUGUAUUUAUUUAUUAAUUAGUAGUAAAUAUUGCAAGUUCUAUUGUUCGGGAAUUUUCAGGGAAAAACUUAUGAAACAUGAAGUACAGAUCCAAGUCAUUGGAAAUUUGAAUCUGGUGCCACAAGAGUUAAGAAAUGCAAUGAUCAAAGUAAUGUCCAUGACCAAUGACAACAAAAAACAUAUCUUGAAUUUUGCUUUUGCUUACACUGGUAGAGAUGAUAUUUUACAAGGUGUUAAAAAAAACAGUGAAUGGGGUGGCUGGUGGAAUGUUAUCGCCAUCAGAUGUGACUCAAGAUCUGCUUUCAAAAACAUUGUACACUCGUCAUUCUUCAAAUCCUGGACUACUUAUUCGAACCUCUGGAGAGGUUCGUCUCAGUGAUUUUUUACUUUGGCAGAUGUCUUGCUGUUGUAUUUUCAGCACAAAUGUGCUGUGGCCAGACUUCUCUCCAUGGAACUUUUUGCAGGCUUUGCUUCACUACCAGCAUUUCCAACGAAAUUUAAAAAGGGUACAAAUUCUUGAAAAUAGAUGUGCUGAGUCGUAUCUUAACUUUAAUACAGAAAGUUUUGUUGAGAACCUAAAAAAGGAAGCAUAAUUUAUCUUUGUCAAAAUGUUAACAAGUGCGCUUUAAUUUUUUUAAUGAUCUAGGGAGAGGGGCUGUGGGAAGAAAGGUGGCAGAGUUAUAACAGAGUUCUAAUAACAAACUUAAUUGUAGCACAACUGGUUA